AUUUUUCAAGAACUUUUGAUCUUGAAAUUGACCGCUUGGAUUUUUCUGCAGCACAUUUUGGCAGUUCAUCUCACAGGGCUUUCUUAUUGUUCAAUACAACAUGUUAUUCAGCGCCGUCGUCGAUAUUUGUAGAUCAUAACCGGGUUAUUCGCUGUUGUGCUUUCUCUGGUUAAGGUUAUGUGCAGCGGUUGACAUUUGUGUCAAUGGUGACAGUUUAUAUACAUCGCUUUUUUGAGCGGUUUGUUUACUAAAUUGUGGUUUAGCGUAUCUGAGGUCCUUGUAACCUUUUGGCAUGCUUCUUUACAAAACUUUGUGACAUACUCGGCGCUGCAUGCAAUUUAAUUUCUGGAAAUUAAAGACUCGGUUGCGCUGUUUUGAAUGAACAAUUGCCUCGCAGAUAAUACCUUCUUCUUCGUUAUAUUGUUACCAUAAUGGAAAACAUCCCGAUGGAGGUAGACGAACACAUCAUAUCCGAAAUUAAGCGUGAAGUUGAUGAGGAGACAUUUGUUGAUGAGGAAUCUUAUAUUAGUGAAGACAACAGCGAUAGUACGUUUAUAAAAAAGGAAGCUUUCUCAGAAGGUGAAGAAACUGCUGAAGAUGAAGGCCAGAGAUUCCCAAAAUCUGAAUCCGUACCGAUAUUCGAAACACCCAAUCCCAACGAAAGACUUGAUAGUGACUAUGAACCAGUCACUGAAUACGACGCCUCAUAUCUGAAGGAGAAGCUGCGCAAGAAGACCGAUGAUGCAAGAAGAAAUGAAAAACUUUACUGUUCCCUAUUAGAAAUGAAACUGAAUCAGGACACUACAAUCACGGCGUUAGAAAAUGAACUGAAACAGCUACAACAAGAAAGAGUGGAUGACAAUGAAGAAAAGGGAGCUGACUCGGAUGAAGAUGUUCCACUAUCACAGAUCAAAGAGCGCCUUAGUAUGGAGAAGUUUGGCGACUUAGAUUUGCAAGUGUUCUCAAUUUCAUUGUACUACUUCUCCCCUAAGGUUUAUGGCUACUUGAGUUCUAUGAUUCCACAUUUGCCACCGAAGUCGGUUAUAAUUGAUUGGGUGAAGAAUGGACACGUUUUAAGACUUUUUCCAAAAGGCACAUUGAACAUAGAGAAGUUUUGCUUCGAUUAAGUAGACUGACUGCAUUUUAGAUCUGUAAUAAAUAUAGGUUUACUUUGAAAGUUUCGUUUUUAUGGAGAGCUUACCACUUUUGUAAAUAAUAAGCAAUAAAAUUCCAUCUACUGAUUAUUAAUUUAAGAAAUUCUAU